CCGGGAGAUGGGAAGUGGGACCCGGACGAUUGAGAUUGACUCAUAACGAUCAUAGAGCGGCAAUGAUAUGCAUUGGAUCGAUUGAAUCUGACAUUUCUAGAGCACGCUUACCAAGUGAGUAACGGGCUCGUAAGGAAUAAAACUUCUGUACCUGAACCUCAACCUUCUGCUAUGCCUAGAUUCAGAAAUAUAGAUAUGCCCGCAUUAUAUCUCCUCAUAUAAUGUACCGAAGCCUCUCUAAUUAACCGCUGCAGGGUUUCAACUUCGUUGCUGUGAGUUUCCGCCAUGUCCAACAUCUAUCCCAUUGUGAGGUGUAGCGUCCGUUUCUUUUCGCCAUCUCUGGCAGACACCUACCGUUGAAAUAGAAGAUGCAACCUUAAUUCAAUCAUUGCACCGACGAAUCAAGUAUCAGUCACCUUACCUCAAUUGGCAGGGGCAUCGGAAAGAUGACAAACCAAGAUGAUGUGCAACCUGCUCCUCUACGAGCUGCCAGAAUCCCGCCACGCGCCGCUGCACUGGUUGCAGAAUAGCAGCAUAUUACUCUCCAACGUGUCAAAAGAAUCACUGGAAGACACAAGAAGACGUGCACCAGGGCGAAGAAACACAAUUGUUUUCUCAUCCGGGCGACUCCCAUUGACCCGAUGAAAGAGAACCCCACCGACGCGGAUUACAUCGAGCCGUUCCACCCGGACUCAUACAGCAACUGUGGUACCAAAAACAAGAUGGGGUGGUAUUCUCGAACCCCGGAAAAAUAUACUCUCACCGGCCUACUGACAGCUGGCAUUAUCAUGUUUACAAGCGGUACGAGAAGACGGAACAACAGGUCGGCUGAUGUGAGAGACAAUGGCUAUUCCGAAGAGUUCUCUAGGACGGAGUUGAUCGCAACCAUGAUAAUGUCAACCGUGCUGGAGAGAGCACGGCUGCUAUUUUUGGGCUCCCGCCAGACGCUUUGGAAGAUCCCCACGACCCUUACGCCGACGAACCUUGGAUGACAGGUGAUCCUGACCUUUUGUAAUGGGACUUUGGAGAUGGAUAUUCGUUUGGUUGAAGAAAAAAUCUUUGACGUUGUGUUCUUCUCACCCGUUUUGGGUUCAUUGACAUUUCUGUGUCAAAUCGAGAAGAGGUAAUAGGAGUCCGACAGCGAUUGACGCAAAAGGCGCCAAUGGGCGCAUUCAGGUAGAUUGACUACCGUGCAAGCCUAGGAUGCCAUUUAUAUACUAACCGACCCCUACACAACGUUCCGGGGUCGGUUACUAGGUAUAUCUAUACUCUUAAUGGAGCAAUGGGGACUUCGCUAGAAAGCUCACCUUUCGUAAUAGGUAAGUCCAUCCAGAUCAUACCACGCGUGUAUGUAACCAUAGGGGAUAGUAGUGUAACUUUGGGGGAAAGCGAG